UUCUCCAAAACCUUAAAAUUUACAGAAAUGGAGCAAAAUCUACCAGCUAUUACAAAAAGAGUUUGGAACAUAGUACGCACUGCGUUGUACAUGUUAAGGAAAGGCAUAUCGAAGGGUAAACUAAUGGCUGAACUCAACGUGAUGUUCAAACGUUGGAAGAUUGCUGGGAAAGCCUUACAAAAUCUCAUGUUCCACCAUAGUCACCAUUGGUCCACCGCCACCACCGGCCGCCGCGGCUCACCACUUGACUCACCAAUUGAAUAUGAGUUUAGCUGCGGUAACAGUCCGGCUGGCCCUAAUAUCCAACUUCCCCUCCACCUCAACAAACGUAAACACAACCACCACCGUGCCCUCUUCUCGCCGGCAGCGAAGGAGGAGGAUUAUGCCACUAUGAAUGCGGUGGCAAGGACGCUGGAGAUGCUUAAUAGUGCGGCGGCUUCACCGGCUUUGCCUGGAUUCGGAAAGAGCCCGAUUGUUAGGCAGCUGAGGAUAACAGAUUCUCCAUUUCCAUUGAGAGAUGCUGAUGAAGAUAAUCAGGUAGAUGAAGCUGCUGAGGAGUUCAUAAAGAGGUUCUAUAAUGAUUUGAGAAGGCAAAAUGCAUAAGCAGCUUCAGUUAGUCGGCACGUGAAAUCUCAUAAAUGAUAAACCACAACUGGACAUAUGCAUGAAAUUAUUGGGUUCGGAGUUUCAAUUAUUUGAAGUGCAAAAUUUUCAUAAAUAGUUACUGGACGAGUCAUGUUACACGAAGUUCAGACCUUACAUACGAUGUUUUGGGAAUUGUUACAUGUGUUUGGUAGUGUUGAGGGCUUCAUUAAUGAGAGAGAGAGAGAUUUUAAGGGACCAA